CGAGAGAACAAGGAGUCCAAAUCCCCUCGCUCCACCGUGUUGGAUCUUCCCAUGGUCACUGACGUACGAAACAUUAAGAGCAUGUGGGAGAAAGGGAAUGUGUUCAGCUCACCCGGAAGUGCUGGGAGCACUUUUAAGGAAGCAGCUGUUAUAAAGACGGGCGUGGCAGGCCGCAUCAACGACUGGCUGAAUAAAACCCCAGAGAGCGGCAAGACGUCAGGAGGAAGGCCAACGGACCUGAAACCCGUUGAUGUCACCAACAAGAGGAGUCUAUGGGAAAACAAAGGCGCCACUCCGACAAAGAUGGCAGGCAGAGGAGAGACCAAAUCAGUCGCUAACGGUAUGGGCCACUAAUGUCUUAAAGGAGCCACUGACGCUGGGGACCACGACAAUCCAAGAUUCUACCUUUCGAACAAUUUUUUUUUUUUCCCUAAGAACCAAAUAAUGACCAGAUCCCUCCGAGGAAUGACGCUGAAACUCCUCCUGCGUUUUUGCCAAGUGUAGUACUUUUUGCACGAUGGGUUAGGUUAUGAAAAUACAGGAGGAAAGAGAAAAAAAAAAAAAAAACACGCUGUGAAAUUUGGACAUUUUAGACCCGAAUGAGUUCCCAAUCAGAUUUUUACAUUCCUCCACUUUUUAAGUUCACCCGUUCCAAAUAGACGAGUGAAACCUGAUCUCUCCUCCUCUUACAGAUCACUUUCCAUCUCUCCUUAAUUGUUUUCUUGUUUUUUUCUUUUUUUAAUUUAUAUUUAAAGCGACGGCUUCACACAUCGCUAUUUUAUACUCAGCAGCCACCUGUUCAGGAUAGAAAUGUAAGCACUUCUAGAUUUUAGCAGAUUUCACUUGUAUUAAUUAUGUCUUAACAAUAGCAGAGGAAAGGUCUGAGUAACAUAAGUUAGCACAUGUGACGUUUUGAGUAUCAUUGUAUCAUGUAUAACAUCUCUAUGCUCAUAGAAGGUAUUUUUUGCUUUUAUUUUUAAUUUACGAUGGAAAACUCUUCACCUACAAGACGGUUAAUUGUAAAGGUGAAAGGAGUGCUGAAUAUUCAGAAGGCCAUUAUGACUUAUUAUCCUUUAUGUCAUUUUAAUUUAAGUUUUAAUGUGGUUUAUCAUAUCUGGCUGUUGUUGUUUUUUUAAGGCUUUUGUUGAUCACUUUAUACAGCACUGGGAAAAGGGUUUGCCUCCUUACUGGUUUCUCCUAUUUUUGUUAUUGUUGUUGUCCCACUUAAAUUCCUUACAUAAAAGACAAAUUUAAUAUCAGACAAAGAUAACCUAAAUAAAGUUACAAGAUGAAUUUUCCAAACAGUGAUUUUAUUUUUUAUUUCAUUUGGAGUAAAAAAUCUUACCCAAACCCAUUUGUCCCUAUGGAAACACGUAAUUUUCCAAUUUUUCCCCUCAACAAAAUAAAUCAUCAUUUGAAAACUCCUGUUUUUUAAAAUGUACUCAGGUUAUCAUUGAUAUUAAAACGUUUAAGUGCGACAAAGAGAGUAAAAAAAAAAAAAAAAGGAGUAAGUCUCUAAGGGGGGAAAUCCGUUACUUCAGUGCUGUGAAAAAAAUAAUAAAAAAAAAAUCUUCCUACAUUCCUGUGUGAGAUGCUCGUGGUGCCUUUGCUGCUUUGAAGCUGUGCUACGUACGGAAAACCAAGUUUUGUAUUCUGUCUGUCACAGUAAUCUCUUCCACGCCUCUUCUGCUCGAGCAAUUGUACGAGUUCGCAGUUUAAGGAUAUUUACCACUAUGUAGAAACUCUCGCCUUACGAUUGCAACGAGAACGUCUCCGCCGCAACAGGAGAUGAAAGAAUCGCAACAAAGAUUCUGUGAUUAUUUUUUGAAAUUUUUCUCUGACAUGUUGUCGUGUUGCUCGUCUCGUCAGAGCGGCACAAGCUUUGAUUAGUACAUGAACGGUUUGUCAGGGCAUUAAAUUGAUUAAUGUUACUGCUCAACAGUCUGACAAUCACAUUCCUUUGGCUCCUCAAAAAAGCAGGGAGCUUGACCAAAAUAUUUUAUAGAGUGAAUUAAUGUGACAUUUAUUUUUUUUUAAUACAGUGGUUUUAUUGUGCUGUAUGUUUUUUGGGUUUUUUUACAAUCUUGUGUCCUUUUUUUAUGUUUUUUUUUGUUUUGUUUUGUUUUUUAAGCUUUUCUUUUUCAAUUUUUAACCAGGCACUUGUUUGUGUAGCGCCAAGCCUAUGCAACACACACACAUCUGUACUUGUAUCUUAUUCUGUAUGUCGGUGUCAUGAACGUGGACGGAUGUUUGUAACGUUGUACCAUGGACUGACUCAACUGCAACAAUAAAUUCAUUGAGGUAUUCCA